AUGUCAAGGUUGAUAAAGAAUGUCGUAAUUGAUAUUGAAGGUACAACUACACCAAUAACAUUUGUACAUGACGUUUUAUUUCCAUAUAUUACCAACAAUCUUACACGAUAUUUGAGUGAUAGUUGGUCGGAUUCACAGACUAUCGCCGAUGUCAAUGCUCUCAAAAGUGAACCACUGGUAGAGUCGGUGCCAGCCAUCCACAUAGAUGACGGCAACCGAGAGAAAUCAAUAGAGUCGGUGUGCAGCAAUAUAAAGGCACAGAUGUCAAUCGAUCGUAAAUCGACUGCUCUGAAACAGCUGCAAGGUCACAUGUGGCGUGCAGCCUACGAGAGUAAGCAGAUCGCCGGUUUGCUAUACGACGACGUCCGUCCAGUCUUGGAGAGACUGAAGCAGGAGAGCGCCACACCAGUCUAUAUCUACAGUAGCGGUUCUAUCGCUGCACAAAAGUUGCUAUUCGGUUACUCGACUGCCGGUGACUGUUUGCCAUUGCUCGCUGGUCACUUUGACACCACCAUCGGACUCAAAGUCGAGAGUUCAAGCUACACACGUAUACUCGAACAGAUCAAAGCAACCGAGCAACCAUCAGAGACACUCUUUAUCACCGACUCACAACGUGAAGCUAUCGCUGCAAAAGACGCCGGUCUCUCUGUACUGGUCAGCGUUCGUCCAGGCAACCCAGCACUAACACCAAACCUAACCGAUCAUAUACAACAAAUUACAAACUUUAAUCAAAUUUAUAAUAGUUUUAGAUUUAAUUAA